ACUGACCGACAAGCGGAACAUUUCACUUUUUUUGUCUCUGGAAUUUCAAAUAAAAGUAAACUUCGGAGAGAGAAGGAGAAAAACAAAAUUAAAUAUUUUUAAUAAACUAUCAAAAUUGUUACAUGCUCUGACAGAACAUCAACGAACUGAAAAUAUUUCCAGUGAAUUAUAAAGAAAUAAUAAAUGAGAAAUGUGUCUUAUUCUCUUUGACAAAUUUGAUUAUGCAAUUAUAGAUGAUGACGAGCACCUAUAAGUGACAACAGGUGAUUUUUCAAUAAUCGAGACAUCGACAAGAAUCGCCGACACACUCGAACAAUUGUUGAACACUCGAAUUUCAUCAUAGAGUCGAUCAUCGAUCACUUGGAGACACGUGGAUAUCCGAAAGUCUUUACAGAGUAAAGCUGACAUUCUCUGAGAUUCUCCACGUGUGCAGGUUAUGGCAGUGACUCGUCAUUGAAAGAUAUGGAAUAUUUUGGCAAAAACUGCUGACAGUACGAAAAAAAUCUCAUUUUGACUACUCAGUGAUUCUGUGUGAUAGUCUUAUGACUUUUACGCUUUUAUGUCAAAUGUGAUCUUUGUUGUUUUACUUUGGUUAAAAAAGAUUUUGUUAUCUUAACGAUACGAUAACAAGUAUCUGCUUCAUAUUAUCGUAUUAUUCCUCUGUAAGAGGGUGAAUAUCAAAACAAAUUUUCAAAAGAUUUCACUGACAAGUGACUCAAAAAACAACAACCAGAGGCAUUCAUUAUUUUCAAAUAUAAGCACACAUUCUGAAACAAAAGCAAGAUGCUGACUCAACGAUUAAGCAACCGAAGAUUGUUGGUCGAUUUCCUCGCACUGAUGUUUGGCCUGGGUGCUUGGAUCGGUGUGAAUGGCAUAUAUGUACAACUACCGCUUAUAGUGCACACUGCACCAGAAGAGUGGAGUCUGCCUGCGCACAUGGUAAUGUUGGUGCAAUUCGCCAAUUUAGGACCCAUACUUUACACUUUGUAUAUAAAGUAUACUGCUUGGGCAUAUGAUAAAUAUAUUAUUUAUGCCCUAUUGAGCACAGGAACAUGCGCCUGUAUCGCAUUGAGUUGGCUAUACAAUCAUACAUCAGUUGUGUUUGGUAAAGAACAUUCGACCGCCCUCCUAUCACUGAUGUUUGUGACUGCCCUCGUUGGAUGUACAAGCUCUGUACUCUUCAUGCCAUACAUGAGGAAUUACCGUGAGAUUUAUUUGGUAUCUUAUCUGGUCGGAGAAGGACUGAGCGGGUUUGUACCGAGCGCAGUUGCUCUAAUUCAAGGCGUUGGUAGCAAUCAAGUGUGCAUCAAUGUUACUAAACCAGGAUCGACCAAUCUAGAGUUCAUUCCCAAAUCAGAUCCGAGAUUCUCUACUCAGAUAUUUUUCAUCUUUAUCGGUACUUUAUUAUGUCUGACUUUUCUGUCGUUCUUAGGCUUAAAUCUUUUGCCUAUAGCACUUGGAGAAAGAGUCAAGCUUCCAAGUAGUAUGGAAAUGUUACCAACUGAUACAACAGCACCACCUAGUUACAAAACUAAUUCCGGUUGGAAAAUGCCGAAACAUACAUACUAUUAUUUAUUAAUCAUGAUGGCCAUAGUCUGCUUUCUCGGCAAUGGUACUUUACCAAGUAUACAGUCGUAUUCCUGUCUACCAUACGGCAGUAUCGCAUAUCAUUUGACAGUCACGUUAGCUUCCAUAGCUGGUCCAUUGGCCAUGUCUUUAGGUUUCUUUAUUGAAACACCUGCAAUUAAACUCCUUAAUAUUCUUACGGCAAUUAUUUUAAUACUUUCAGGCAUCGUUUUAUACUUGGCGACGAAAUCACCUUAUCCUCCCUUCCAACACUCGUGGGUAGGUGAAUUUAUGGUAGUCGUUUUGUGGAUAACUCUUUGCGGUUUAAUAGGUUUUGUAAAGAUGGGCAUUACAACUUUGUAUCGGCCCGAUCCUGGAAGAGGUCUUUAUUACACUGGUGUCGCGACACAAAUCGGAUCUCUGUUAGGUGCAAUAACCACAUUCGGUUUGGUCAAUUAUGCAAAAGUAUUUCAAUCUUAUUCUCCUUGCGCAUAUCUUAUGGAAGAUUAAUGUAGCCUGUACUUAGUCUUAUCAAUUAUUUGCACAGAUAAUGGUGAUAAAAAAAUAGAUUAUUUUAUAAUACUUUUUUUAGUUCUACGAUGAAAAAUGUUUAUACAUAUUGAGAGAUAUAUUAUUCAAUAGUUACUAUAUUUACUAACUUAUUAGAAUUAAUUUUCUAUAGAAAUAGGGAUCAAAUUUUUUAUUAAUGCAUUUUACAAUUUUAAUCUCCAUAUAUUUACACACAAGUUAUUGUGAUUUUUCAUUAUUAAUUGUUGUAUAAUUGAACAGAUGUGAAACGCAUAUUAUAUAUGCUGCAAAGAUGACUUGGAUGAUGUACAUAAAAUUCAGUAAAAAGAGCAUUAAUCAAUUAUUUUUAUAAAAAUAAAAAUAUGUCACGAAA